AUGAACCGUGCAUUGUUUUCACGUUUCGCGAUCCUUCGCCGUGUUUUUGGACAGCAACCCAAGCGUCAAGGGUCUGGAAGUCAUCAUGAUGUAAGUGUGAUUGAUUUGAUGUCAAACAAACUACGAAGGCAAGUUGUGAAUCCUGGUCCACCAGUUACAUUGGAUUAUAUGCCUGUACCGUUUCAACCAUACAAAAAAGUCUACGAUGAGCUGCAAGCGAAAUUCAAUACCUAUCUUGCUGUGUCGAUUGGAUUCCUAGUUGUGUCUUUCGGUCUAGCUCUCUACAAUGAUAUCUUCAUUAUUGAGGCUCUAAGCAAGCCGAAGAGCUACAGAAAUCGCCACAAGAACUGA